AUGAAAUUUGUGGUGAGUGUUUACUUUAUACUAUGUUUUGCCUCUUCCAUUCUCAUUGUAAUGACUAUAGUACAAAGAGCACAUCAUAUGUUUGGAAGAGAUGAAUACCAUAUUCGUGUGAUUAAUGGAUUCACUGAUAAUUCUUCAGUUCCUUUAGUCAUUUGGUGUUCAUCUGAGGAAAUGGAUCUUGGUGGUCGAGCUUUGCAAGAACAUGAUGAAUUUAGCUGGAUUAUGAGGCCCAAUUUUUGGAGCAGCAACUAUGUGAAGUGUACAAUGAAAUGGGAUAGCACAAGGAAGAGUUUUGAUGCUUUUAAGUCUUCUAGAGACACACAACGUUGUGGAUUACAUAGGUUGUGUUCUUGGAGGGUUACACAAGAUGGGUUUUAUUUUAGUAAUGAUGAAGUGAAUUGGAGAAAGGAUUUCAUAUGGUGA